CCCGUCUUCUGUUCUCUUCCACCUCUGCCAGUUUCUUCCUCUGACACCCGUCUCCUCUCUCUCUCUCCCCUCUUCCUGGAUUCUGUCAAAGAUGAGUAAUUUAGUAGCGUUUAUUAAGAAUGGCUGUCUCUUGCGAUAAAAAGAAUGGAAUAGAGUUGAGAAUUCAUGAAAACCCAGACGGGCUAAGUACAGAUUUGGCAGAAUAUAUUGCAGCAUUAUCUGAGGCUUCUGUAAAAGAGCGGGGCGCGUUUGCCAUUGCUUUAUCUGGUCGUUCUCUUAUUAGCUUGAUGAGAAAACUCUCUGAAGCUCCUUUCAACAAGACUGUUGAAUGGGCAAGGUGGCAUAUAUUUUUGGCUGAUGAGCGUGUUGUUGCAAAAAGCCACGUUGAUAGCAAUUAUAAGCUACUUAAGGAUACUCUUUUGGCCAAGGUGCCUAAUGUUCCCAGCCAUGUUCAUUCUAUCAAUGACAUGGUGACAGCAGAACAAGCUGCAGAGGAAUAUGAGUUUGUCAUCAGACAGCAUGUAAAGACUCGUGUAAUCGACGUAUGUGAAAUUAACGACUGCCCGAAGUUUGACCUCAUCCUCCUUGGAAUGGGACAGGAUGGGCACAUCGCAUCACUAUUUCCUAAUCACUCAGCCCUCGAUGAGAAAGAACUGUGGGUGACAUUUAUCACUGACUCACCCAAGCCUCCACCUGAGCGAAUCACUUUUUCAUUGCCAGUUAUAAACUCCGCCUCCAAGGUUGCUGUAGUUGUGACCGGUGGCAGCAAAGCAGAGGCUGCCCACCUGGCGAUUGAUGAUAUUGGGCCCGAAUGUCCGGUACUACCGGCAAGAAUGGUGCGCCCAACUGAAGGAAAGUUAGUGUGGUUUUUGGAUCAAGAAGCUGCAUCAAAACUUGAUGAUGUAAAAUUCAAAGAGUAGGUUUUAGUACCUAUGAAAGUCUAUGUAUGUAGUGGAGGGAUACUUACAACUUUAUUUUGCAUUUGGGCCUUUUUCUUUUCUUAUGGAUCUGAGGAUCUCUAA